UUAAGCACUCUCCUGUGCAGUAGCCGUCUAAUGCGAUGUUCCCUUCAGGACGACGUACGACCAUAUUAUAGUGUUCUCGCGCGAUAUAGCUAAAAAAUGCGGGAAGCUGUACAUUUGUAAGACCAAAUUCUUGCACCGUGGUCGCUACUCAUCGACAUGUGACUCGCUGUAACGAGAGUCCUCUCGCCCGUUCGUGCCCCAGACGGACGACGCCGUGGCGUUGAGCAGACUGGACGUUCACCCUUUCCCGUGUACGUCUACGAAAGGUAACCGAGCUUUUCCCCCUCUCCUUCCGAACGGCGCGAGGCGCGCCGCCGAGCGUUACGGCGGCCGCCGGACCGAGCAGCCAGACAAGAGUUCAGAUUACCCAGCCUGCGCUCCGUGAUAGCUCUCGUCGCCAUGACCUAGCCGGUCGGCACGGCGGCGAAAAGGAGGAAAGCGCAGCAGCCACGGACGGCAACGGCCGCUGAAUCGGCGGCGGCCAAGACCGGAACCCUCCUCCCCAUUCUUUUCUUCCGGGUGGAGCGACCGGUCGGUCCCUCGGCAAUAGCUGGCGAGAGAGUUGCGAGGGGGGAGGCCCCCCGCACAGCGGCGGCAAUAGACGCCACGAGUGCCACAGACACGCCGAGUGCAUCGGAAUCGGCGAGCGUCCACUCGCCUGCAGCCAAGUGCAGCAACAGGUGUAUUCUGUGAUCGAGCGCUCGGGGUUCAAAACGCCACGAUGCUAGCCCUGGUGUAUCCGUCGGUGUGCGCGUCGGUGGCGCUGGUCACCUGGCUGGUCGCGCCGGGGCUCUGGACGCUGGCGCAGACCGCCGGCGCGCUGUGGUUGCUAUCCGUGGUGGGGCGCUGGAUCACCGAAGAACUCUACGCGCGGAUCGGAGGACAGCACGUGGACCCCAAGGGAAAGGCCGUCCUUAUUACCGGCUGCGACAGCGGCUUCGGCUUGGAGUUGGCCGUUCGUCUGCACUCUCGCGGCAUGCGCGUCUUCGCCGCCUGCCUCCUGCCGGACAGUCUGGGCGCCAACAAACUCCGCGCGCUGUCCGUCACCCCCUCGGAAGAGGGGAAAGGGAGCGUGCACGUGAUCGCGCCUAUGGACGUCACCAGCGACAGCCAGGUGGAGGAUGCCGUGAAGCAGGUCACCAAGAUUCUUGCCGGCGAAGGGCGAACGGAGAAGGAAGAGGACCAGGGCGCGGGACGUCCCGACGAUGACGAUGGAGGCAUCGCCGAGGCCCCUCAGCUGUGGGCCUUGGUGGCCAACGCGGGCGUCAUCUGGGCCUCGGAGCUCGAGUGGGGCUCUCUCGAGCCCAUGCGUCGCAUGCUCGAGGUGAACGCAGUGGGCGUUGCUCGAACCGUGCGCGCAUUCCUGCCGAUGGUACGCAGGACCGAAGGGAGGACGCGUGGUCAUCACCACCAGCCUAUGGGGGUACUUCGCCAUUCCCUUCUCGGUGGCCUACUCCAUGUCCAAGUGCGCAGCUCGCUUCUUCGCCGACGGCCUCCGACGGGAGAUGAAAAAGUUUGGCGUCCGCGUAGUCUCCAUUGAACCCAACAUGUAUGCGACCAACCUGACCGCCGACGGCAUACUUCUGCCUGCCAUGGACAAGUUGUGGCAGGAGACCAGCGAGGAAGUGCGGCGCGACUACGGCCAGGGCUACUACGAGCUGAGUCGCCAGUACCUGCGGCGCGCACUGAUCAAG